CAGAAAUAGAAUCCGUCUUCCAAACCACCAUACUAGAAAUCUCCGCGCCCAUGUCCGGCUGCAACCACACCAUCUACGUACUCACCCUACCCCACAGCAUCCAAUGGAGUCUCCGCAUCGCCAAAAACGAAUCUGCAGCAUCAGCAUCAUCAUCAUCAUUAGCAGCGCGCAGUAUCGCCAUGAUGCGACACAUCAAACAGAUGGAACCUACGCUCCACCAAAUUCCGAAUGUGAUUUUUUCUGCGGAAAAGUAUUCUGUGCUGGAAUAUCUCGGUGGGAAUGCGAUUGGGUUUGGCGUUUGGGAUUUAUGCACUUUGCCACGUUCGAGACGUGAGAGGAUUUUGGAUGGACUUGCGGAGGUUUUGUGGAGGUUGUGGAGGUGUUUGUCUGCUUCAUUGCCAUUGUCAGCAUCACCAUCUUCAUUAUCGAUGUCGAUGUCGAUGUCGACGACGAAGACAACGACAACGAAAACGACAUAUCGAAGCUGGCUCUUCCACGAAGUCGACUUGGGAAUUCGUCGUUCGAUCGAAAAUCCGGGUUGGGGCGAUCCGCUCCAUUUUCUGCUUCGUCGGGCGAAAGUCGACUCGCUUCUUCCCUCAAUUGCUUGUCCAUGCGGCGACGACUGCUUGGGCUGCUUGGCUAUUCGGCAUGGGGAUUUGAAUCCUUUGAAUGUCCUUGUGGAUGAUGAGGGGAGAUUGACUGGAAUCAUCGACUGGGACACAGCCUCCUUCGUCCCCGCUCCCGCAGCAAUUCACCACCCUCUCUUCAUCGCCAACAUCCCCGGCUUCUAUACCGGCGUGCCCGAAACUAUGGAUUUUGCCCCCGAUCGCGCAUAUCUAGAAGCUGCCAUACGCAAGUUGUCAUCAUCGUCGUCGUCUUCAUCGUCAUCGUCGUCGGAGAGAGAUUCCGCACAUUAUAUUGCAGAUUUACUCGCCAGUUCGUUCGAGCGACAAUUUUUUGAAAUGGCGCUUCGGAAUCGACGGAUUAAUGACGAGUAUGUAAGGUUGAGACUACUGGGGGGGAAUCCCGGAGAGGUUGACAAAAAGGCUUUGCGUGAUGAGUUGGAGGAGUUUCUUGUGAGGAAUGGAGAUUUGAGGGGCCAUGUUGCUGUUGUGGAGCUGGAGAGGAGGCUUUGUUGAGAGAG